AUGAAUUCGAAUUCAAAAUCUUUAUCUAACUCGAUAAAGAAGGAUCUCUACCAACAAGCAUGCAAAUUGAAGGAGAACUCUAUUGACAGCGAAGCUGAAUCCUAGCUCAAUGAACUGAUAGACUCACUUAAAACAUCUGAGAUUAUUCAAUAGGUUGAAGCCCAAAGAGAAUGGUUACACAAAAUAUUCUAAGCUUGGAGACUACAAACUGCAAAGACUUAUAAUGUAUAUCAAGUGGCGAGUUUUAUAGAAAUAAAAAAAAAGAAAUGGUUGAAAAUGCUCUUUAAGCUAUGGCAUGAAUAUAUCGAAUCAAUUCAAAUUAGACAAGUCUUGCUUUUCAGAUUCUAAACCAAAAGAGAAAAAAUACUCAAAGGCACAUUAAUCAAAGCCUGGGCUUAAGUUGUUUCAAAUUUACAACAGAAAUAAAUAUAUAAAUACGAUGCUCAAUAAUUAUACAUAAAGAACACAAAGAACAAGUACUUUUAAGGCUGGCGUCGAUUCAUCUAAAGAACAUAAAAUGAUUUAAUUGCUUAACAAGAUUUGGUUCAUCAAUAAUAAAUGAAAUUAUACUCAAAGUACUUUGGCAUUAUGAAAUGCAAGUUACAUUAAACAGAAAAAUACUUAGAAUAAUACGCAAUAAACAAAUAAAAAUAAAGGGUCUUAAAGGUUUUUUAAUUUUGGUUCUAAUAUGCUUAAUAUCAGAUCAAUUAAAGAAUAUAAAUUAAAGAGUUUAUCAAAAAGCGGAAUCUAUAACUCUUGUUUGAAAUUAUUUCUUAUUUAAGAAAUUAAACUGAAAAGCAUAUGAUUUAUAGGAGACAAAAACAAUUGGCUUAUUUGGGGAGGUGGAAAAUGCUCAUGCAAAAGUCUUUUAAUAUUUUACUAAAAUAUAAAGGAUCGCAAUAAAGCAAACGAUAUUUAAAAAAGAUUAGAGAAGAUAAUCUAUUGAAGUAAGCGAUAUAUACUCUAAAAGAUACUAAAAAUUUGGUUUAGAAAUAUAAAGAUAUCGAAAAGUGUCUUACUUAAAAGAAAAUGAAAUAACUAUUCUAUUAUUUAUAAAAUUAUACAUAAAAGCAAAAAUAUAAAAGAUACUCAUUAGAAUUUGCAUUAUUAUUCAGAAGUAAAUCAUUAUAGAAAUAGUUGUUUUCACUAAUUAAAUUAUAUCAUAAUUAUCGAAUAAAAAAAAGAGAUAUGAAUGAGAAAAUGAUGCAAGUACAUUUAGUCAAAUUAUGUAAGAGGAUAUUACAGAAAUGGAAGGAACACAAUCAAAAAUCUCAUCAAAAAAAGCUUAUUAAAUAAUAAAUCGAAUUCAGUAAUUAAUAUAGAAUAAAAUAACAAAUAUUCAGAAAAAUGUCAAAAAAAAAAUGA